CAGCACCUGCUGUGGCUUACUUUUCUUCUAGAGGCCCUUCAUCAAUCACCAUGAACAUUAUCAAGGUAAAACCUCAUCUUUCACGUCCUAUUGGUGGACAAUUAAUUAUUUCCUUCACCAAGAGAUCUUAAUGGGGCACUAUGUUGAAUGUGCAGCCUGAUAUUGCAGCACCGGGAGUCGACAUUCUUGCAGCCUGGAUUGGCAAUGACACGGCAGCGGCUCCAGAAGGCAAAGACCCUCCACUUUUCAACGUGAUCUCAGGGACUUCUAUGGCAUGUCCACAUGUUUCUGGGAUGGCUGCAGCAGUUAAAUCUAGGAAUCCCACAUGGAGCCCUUCCGCAAUCAGAUCAGCCAUUAUGACAACAGCUACUCAAACAAAUAACCUGAGAGCCCCAAUAACGACUGAGACAGGUUCUGCAGCCACCCCAUACGAUUUUGGUGCAGGGGAAAUAGGCAUAACUGGACCACUGCAACCAGGGCUGGUUUAUGAGACUACCACAAUUGAUUAUCUGAAUUUCCUCUGCUACUACGGUUAUGAUAACUCCACAAUCAAAACCAUUGCCAGAACUAUCCCAAAAGGUUUUGUUUGCCCCAUGAAUCCAAGCACUGAUUCUAUAUCUGAUAUCAAUUAUCCAUCAAUAGCCAUUUCCAAAAUCAGUGUAAAAGGGAGCAGAAAAGUGAAUAGAUCUCUUACAAAUGUUGCUGGAGAUGAUGAACCAGUCUACACAGUAAGCAUUGAAGCACCUGCAGGCAUAAAUGUCAAAGUGGUCCCAGACAAACUUCAGUUUACAGACAUCGGUCAGAAGUUGUCCUACCAAGUAAUUUUCUCCCCGGUGAAGCAACUUGAUAAAGAUGUGUUUGGAUCUAUAACAUGGUCAAAUGGAAAGUAUAAGGUUCGGAGUCCAUUUGUUCUAAGCAGUUAAAGCAUCCACAAGUGCUACAUCUCCAGUAGGCAAUACAAUAGCAGUAUGUAAUAUGCACAAGCCAAGGAUUCUACGCAACUCAAUGUAAUGUGCAAGCAUCCUGGUUUGGAAGAGUCAAUUUUAUCUCUCUAUCAUCCUAGCAUGAUUUCAAGGAUGAUACAUAUCACCAGCUUUGAGUUAUCAUAAUCAAAGUCACCUAUAAUG